AGAUGGGAUGUUGCUGCGAGAAUUCCUUACUGAACCUGAUUUGGCUGGUUAUUCUGCCCUGAUUAUUGACGAAGCUCACGAACGUACACUCAGUACAGAUAUACUCUUCGCUCUGGUCAAAGACAUUGCAAGAUUUCGCCCUGAAUUGCGACUGCUCAUCUCCAGUGCAACUAUGGAUGCCGAGAAGUUCAGCGAAUACUUCGACGGUGCUCCGGUUUUCUACGUUCCUGGGCGUCGGUAUCCUGUUGAUAUCCAUUACACCCCCCAACCCGAAGCAAAUUAUCUGCACGCCGCGAUCACCACUGUUUUCCAGAUUCACACUACUCAGCCGAAAGGAGAUGUUCUUGUGUUUUUCACUGGUCAAGAUGAAAUCGAGACUGCGAUGGAAAACAUCAAUGAUACUCUUCAUGCUCUUGGUAACAAGGUUGCGGAGCUCACUGUUUGCCCCAUUUACGCGAAUCUCCCAAGUGAAAUGCAGGCGAAAAUCUUCGAACCUACACCCGAAGGCGCUCGGAAGGUGGUGCUUGCCACAAAUAUAGCGGAGACUUCGAUUACUAUUGACGGAGUUGUCUUUGUCAUUGAUCCUGGAUUUGUCAAACAAAAUUCGUACAAUCCUCGCACCGGGAUGGCAUCAUUGACGGUGGUCCCUUGCUCUCGCGCCUCUGCCAACCAACGGGCUGGUCGGGCUGGCCGCGUGGGUCCUGGGAAGGCCUUCCGAUUGUACACAAAAUGGGCCUUUGCGAAUGAAUUGGAAGAAAACACCGUGCCAGAGAUCCAGCGCACAAACCUUGGAAUGGUUGUUCUGCUUCUUAAGUCCCUCGGUAUCAAUGACCUGAUUGGAUUCGAAUUCAUGGAUCCCCCGCCGGGCGAGACUUUGAUGAGGGCGUUGGAAUUGUUAUAUGCGCUUGGUGCAUUGAACGACAGAGGCGAACUGACGAAGCUCGGCAGAAGAAUGGCUGAGUUCCCGGUCGAUCCAAUGCUCAGUAAGGCUAUCAUUGCAAGCGAGGAUUAUCAUUGCACGGACGAGGUCCUGUCUAUUGUGUCGAUGCUCAGCGAGUCCUCGUCUCUGUUCUAUCGACCAAAGGAUAAGAAGAUGCACGCGGAUAAGGCACGGGCGAACUUCGUACGACCGGGGGGUGAUCACUUCACGUUACUGAACGUAUGGGAGCAAUGGGCAGAAUCCAAUUAUUCUCAGACAUUUUGCUACGAACAAUUCUUGCAGUUUAAAGUUCUGUCCCGCGUCCGGGACAUUCGGGAUCAGCUCGCGGGCCUGUGCGAACGAGUGGAAGUCGUAGUACAGGGCAAUCCAAACGCCACGGACAUCACGCCCAUUCAAAAGGCGAUAACUUCGGGGUAUUUCUAUUGCACGGCCCGCAUGCAGAAGAGCGGUGAUUCUUACCGAACUAUGAAGACACAACAGACCGUCUAUAUUCACCCGUCAUCAAGUCUAUUUCAACAUCAACCACCGCCUAAAUUCGUCCUGUACUAUGAACUUGUUCAGACAACGAAGUCAUACAUGAGACAGCUAAUGGACAUCAAGCCUCAAUGGCUUCUUGAAGUGGCGCCUCACUUUUUCAAACCAACGGAUCUCGAAGAGAUGGCGGCCGCUAGCAGGAAAUUGCCAAGGACAGUUGGCACAUCAAACUCUGCCAACCCCAGGGACUAGUUUUGUCUGGCGUCUGAGAAUUUUUAUUUUACUUAUCCGCUUCGACUCCGAUGACAUGCUUUGAGGGAAUUGUCCCUUGGGCACGUACCCUGUGGAUAUAUACAGAUCAACAUAUUCAAUUUGCUACGGCAUUCGGAAGGAUCACCAUCAAGUGACCGAUUAAGCAGCCAUUAGAAGUGCCGCGGAGCAUUAUCCAUCCCCUAUCAGAAGUAUUAGCCCUGUGAUUC